AUGUCCAAAGGAGAUUUGAUUAUUAUCGAAAAGCCAUACUUGGUUUUGCCAUUGACUGAAGAUGGGGAAGAACCAGAUAAUAAGGUGUACCACAAGCUAUACCUCAAUCUGUCUUUAGAGCACAAAAGGAUAUUCGAUGGUUUAUACGAGAGGAAGGAUGAUCUGGCGGAUAAAGAUCAUAUAGUAAAUAAGAUUGACACCAAUGCUAUCCCUCUUGCUCAGACAUCCCAAGACGGAUCAGUGGUAAUGAAGAAGAUGGGUCUAUUCGAAGUGAUUUCGAGGGUUAAUCACGGCUGUAAACCUAAUGCUGGAUGGUAUUGGUAUGGAGAAGAGAGAGAGAUGAGGUUAUACGCUUAUACCGAUAUUCCGGCUCAUGCAGAGAUAACCUGUUCUUAUCUAUCUUAUGAACAUUUGGAAUACUGCAAGAUCGAUGACGAUGUGAUAAAAACCCUCAGGAAACUGAAUCGUUCUCUGAAACUCCUUGAAAGAGAAGAGAAGUUCAAUCAACUUGGUGAAGUAUACGAGAAGAUUUUCGAGGUUUAUGCUGUACAUGGUUCGUCGGACACGUCGAGGCUAGCUGCAAACGAGGCCCUGAAUCAUUUCAAAGCAAUCAUGGGUGAGAAAGAAGCCACGAAAACCUGGGUAGCCCGUCAAUCGGUCGAUCCUACCUUGUACCCUCUAUGGAACAAACUGGGAAUGAUACAUAGCGAUAGUGUGACGGAACAUCAAGAUGAAUCUGAAGAAAACGAAGACGACGACGAAGACAAAGAAAAGGAUAUGGGAGAAGGAGGUAUAGGAAAAGUUCAUCGAUCUAGAUCUCGGAAAUGGGAAGAAAAGUCAUGGGAUGGGAGUGAUUAG